AUGAUUAAUUUUAGACUGGGUGGUGGUGAUGCAGCUGUUUAUGGGUGGCGGUUAUCUAUCUCGGUAGCUUUGGUGAUAGUUGUUGGACCUUCUCUCAUUGGAGGUGAACUAUUGUUACUGGAGGUAAAAAAAGAUUAUAAUUACUUAAUUAUUGUUUCUCUAUUUCUUGUUUAUAAUGUUUUUUCAGCCACUAAUUCUAAGAGAAAUGCUAGAGACUCUCAUAUUCCAAUAAGCACUAUUUUGGCACCUCUUCCAAUUUGGUUUGCUGUGUUCAUGGUUCACUUAGCUACUAUUCCAAUUACAGAAACCGGUAUAAAUCCGGCUGGAAGUUUUGGAGCUGUUGUUGUCUACAACAAAGAGAAAGCAUGGGAAGACAUGGUUGUGGUGCAGGGGAUCUUUUGGUUUGGACCUUUCGUAGGUGCUGCUUUUGCUGCGAUAUAUCACCAAUUUGUUCUAAGGGGUGGUGCUGCUAUAGCAUAUGGUUCAAUUACGAGCCAGAUGAGAGACAUAGAGAGCAAAGUGAAAAAUCAGCGGAUCAAGUAAAGAGGGGGUUUAA